UCAUGCUCAGUGCACCCCAAGCUAUCACCGCGGUCGGAAGGUUUCGCUCGACGCAGAGAUCGUCCAGGAUUGCACGCGCAACGACACACGCGCUCUCGGCGAACCCGAACCCGACCUCGAUCGUUUCCAUCGGUCGCCGAGCGAGUCGAUCUCGCGCGAUGAUCCCCGAGAUCGGCGGUCGACGCAGCAACCGAGACGCGACGCGAGACGCGAAACUCUCCGCGUAGCUGGCACACGUCCCGGUGCGUCGAACGAUCCGUUCGGAAGGACUUUGAACGGAGAAGCCGAGCCGUGGAUCGUCGACGGCUGGCAACACCUGGAGAUCGCGAUCACCGAUGCGAGCAUGUGCAAGGGGGUACGGUGUCAUUGAACACGAGUGGACAGUGCCGAUUCUGGGUCGUUCCAGCCGAGACCGUACCUGCGAACAGCCAGCCUAUCCAGUCGCGCAAGGAUGAGACGCGGAGUCCAGCUCGGGCCUCUUCGCCUCUUGCUGCCGGUGCUGGUGUCGAUCGCCUCGACCUGCGUCCUACCUGCCGCCGGCCAUAAGCACUCGAGACGGCAUCGAGACUUCACCGUGGCCGAAAGCUACGAUGCGUCAUCGUCCAAGAGCGACAAACCCCCGAUGACGAUAUCGCCGGCGAUCGAUCGAUCCCCGCUUCCAGAGGAGUCGUUCUCGCCUGAAAUUGAUCCCUGCGCGAAGAAAUACUGCGGUCCUGGAAGGGAAUGCGAAGUUUCGCCGAACGGCACCGUGGCCCUGUGCGUCUGCACGCGAAAAUGUCCGCGGAGGCAUCGACCGGUCUGCGCGAGCAACGGCAAAAUCUAUGCCAAUCACUGCGAGCUGCACAAAGCCGCCUGCAACGCCGGCUCGUCCUUGACCAGAAGCAGGCUCAUGAGAUGUCUGCAUCACGAUAUCGAGAACGCGCACGUCCGGAGGACGCUGCACGCGAACCGGACGUCCUCGAAGUCGCAGGUGGUCGGUUAUCCGAGGUCGAAGAACCGGAAGAAGGCCGUCCCGAAGAAGGAGGAUAACUCGAUCCCGGAGAAGGAGGACGCCGACUCGAGCGAGUGCUCGAACCAGGAAUACGAAAUAAUGAAGGAUAAUUUGCUGCUGUACAACCACGCGAGAUUAAUGGCUCAGGACAACCAUAGCAAGGAGUAUCUCGUCAGUAUAAUGUUUUCUCACUACGAUCGAAACAACAACGGGAACCUGGAGCGCGAGGAACUGGAGCAGGUCGCGGAGAACGAGGAUCUCGAGGAGCUGUGCCGCGGCUGCAGCCUGGGCCACAUGAUCAGCUACGACGACGCCGACGGGGACGGCAAGCUGGACGUCAACGAGUUCUACAUGGCGUUUAGCAAGCUUUAUAGUGUCUCGGUGGUGUCCCUGGACAAGUCUCUCGAGGUGAAUCACAUCUCGGCGAGGGUGGGCGAUAACAUCGAUAUCAAAUGCGACGUCACCGGCACGCCACCGCCUCCGUUGGUAUGGCGGCGAAACCAGGCCGAUCUGGAAACUUUGAACGAGCCGGAGAUACGGGUGUUCAACGACGGCAGCCUCUAUCUGACGAAAGUGCAGCUGAUGCACGCCGGCAACUAUACCUGUCACGCGAUUAGAAAUCAGGACGUGGUGCAGACUCACGUGCUGACCAUCCACACCGUCCCCGUGGUGGAGGUGAAGCCGAGCUUUCAGUCGAAGCGCCUGAAGGAGGAGGCUGUCGUGAAGUGCCACGUGGCCGGCGAGCCGCUGCCGCAAGUUCAAUGGCUGAAGAACGACGAGCCUUUGAGCGCGGAUCAAUCGGACAAAUACGACAUCGUCGGGAACGGCACCAAGCUCGUGAUCAAGAACGUCGACUACGCCGACACCGGGGCGUACAUGUGCCAGGCGAGCAGCAUCGGCGGAGUCACCAGGGACAUCAGCAGCCUGGUCGUUCAGGAGCAACCGACGCCGACGACCGCCAGCGAGGAGCGCAGGUUCUUCUCCUUCCACGAGUGGGGCAUUCUGGUCUACGAGCCGUCUGCUUGUCGACCUCGCCACGAAAUUCGGUCCACCGACAUUAUUCCAGGCACUCAGGAGCACGUUUGCGGAGGCAAGGGCGUCCCCUGCUCCUGGGGGCGGGCGAUAAACAUCGCAAACCGGUACGUCUACGUCAGCCAGCCGGACAAAGACCGAGUGCUCGUUAUCAGCGAGAUACAAAUGGUCGUGGUCGACGUGAUACCGACGGAUAAGAAUCCUGUCCAGCUCUGGUACGUGCCGUCCCUCGACCAGGUCUGGGUCCUCGACUGGAGAAGCGAGCGGGACGUAGGCGCCAAGACGGUGCAGGUGAUCGAGGGCGCCAGCCAGAAGAGGAAACACCUGGCCAUUCGGCCGGAACCCAUCGACGCGCAGUUCGACAUCGUCCAAAGCAUUUACAUACCCGAGCCGCAGGACAUCGAGGACACGUUCAAGUACGGUUACGUGAGCCACGCGAACCAGCGGAGCAUGUACAAGCUGGAUCUGAAGAACAUGAAGUACACGCGCAGCGCGGACCUCAGCUCGUACAAUUGCGUCCCGGUGAACGUCCAAUUCUCGAUUCUCUAUGGUUUCGUCGUGAUCGAAUGCCAGGAGCCGAUCACCGAUCGACCGACCGGUCAGCUCCUGCUGGACUACCUCACCGACACGGUUCUAGCCUACAAGUCGAAUCUCGUGGGAAGACCGACGAUCUCCCCCGAUUCCAGACAUCUCGUCACCUUGGACAAACAGAGCUCGGGCGUGACGCUCGUCGUGCAAGAGAUAUCGCCUGCCGGAUUGAAGUUCGCGUUCGACGUGAAAACGACGUUGAACAUCAGCGACAUCGCCCUCUAUCCUUCGCAGACCACCCACGGCUACGACAUCUACGCGUCCUCCAUCGACAAAGAGGACAUUCUUUUCCUCGAUCUCUCUACCGGCAAAGUGGAGAUGAUAACCGGCGUGGGAAAAGCGACUCCGCCGAAUCUGACGAAAUGGGGCAACCCGAACAGGCCGAUCGUGCAAAGCGGCAUAUUCGGCAAAUACAUGGUCAGCCCAUCGAACGACGCGCUCUUCGUUCUGAACGGGGAAACGAGAACGAUAAACUGCGAGAUCGGCGGCCUGGUGCAUCCCGGUGCAGUGGUAUGGUUCACGGUGUCGUCGCAUUGAGAUCGCGACGACGUGUAUCGGUAAUCAUUUAACCGACGCGACGGUGAUAGCGCCGGGUACGAUCGGCGGGAACGAUACAGUGUGAUCGUAGAACCGAACGGGUUCGCGUUCGUUCGUUCGUUGAUGUCGCGCGACGAUCGGAGUUCCUUUCGAAACGCAUUCGAGACGAGACGCCGUAGUCCCAACGAUUGGAACGCGAAAUUUUUUAAAUCGAUAACGCAAUACAAUUCUGGUACAUCGCGCGGUUGAAGUACUCGAUGCGGCAAAGGUAUCAAACAAAAUUGAACAAGAUAUUUAUUUCGAGAUUCAACGAGGUAAAUAAAUAUUCGUUUGAUUCUGUACAUUAGUCGUUGGUCGUCGUUCGCAUAAAAGUCCGCGAGUCUCCGGGCAAGAGAUCGAAGAAUUGCGUUCACGAUAUGCUUGCCAGUCGAUUUUGCCACCACGCUAUAUCCAUUCCGCCCGAGGUGGUAUCACGGUAUCGCGGUAUCGAAGCGUUGUUCGAUCGACGUGAUAGAGUAAACGUAGCAUUCUUUCGUUUAGAUUAGACUCGAAUUAGAGGAGGAAACGGUCGGGAGAAAUUUCGAGAAAUAUAUUAUAUUCCAUCAGCGACACCGUUACCCGCGGUCGAUCGUUGGCCCGUCGAAGAAACGUUUCCGCGAGAUCCUCGCGAGCGAUCGCCGCGUAUUUUUCGACACCCGUCGAGCGUGUUCGGACGAGAAAUUUUGAUCGUGACGGGGUAAGUCGCGGGACAGCCGUAGCUAAGACUUUUUAAUGUACAUACCAAAGAUCGUCUUUUACAUGCAUAUUUAACGUAUCUAAUAUCGUUACCCUACCGGUGGCCUUAGUUUCUCUCGAUUCCGCAUAUCGUCUCCGUCUUUGUAUCUAUAUACAUAUUACCUCCGACAUCCCUCGGAUAAAUUUUCAAUGGCUAUAAAUGGUACGAUUAGUUUCCCAUUUAGUGGUCUAGUUCUAGACUGUCUAGAGUAACCAGCAUCAUAUCCCGAAACACGGCCAACGGAAAACGAGAAAUUCCAAACCGUGACGAGUCGAUGGAUCGCUCGAGCACCCGACGAAUACCGAUUACCGAGAAUUCGGCAUUUCGGGGGGACACGGUGCUUCGACGAACUUAUUUUCUUUACAAUUUGGGAACGAUCUGUCCGAAGGCCUUCGCGAAAAUAGGACAGCGGCAACCGAAGAACGUGCCUCCCAAGAAUAGCUUGUGCCGUAUCGUGAACAUCGAAGGAUCCAUUCGUCGCGUAUCGUCAUCGUUUCGUCCGGUCGAAUUCGACCAGACUGAGUCGCGUCGAAACAAAAUCUCGGGCAUCCGACAAUUCUUUUAUUUCUCUUCAAAUUUGUAAUUUGUGAUUUGAAAACUCUUGUAAAACGAUCCGCGUGAUCGAAAAUACUUUAUAGCCGAUCCUCUUCGUUCGCAUGUUGUACAGGCGGUCUAAUGAAGUAGAAAAGAAAUAGUCGCAAAAUUGUACGAUCAAAAAAAAAAAAAAAAAGAAAAUAAACAUCAACAAUUCGAUUCGCGAUUUUUACAAUGAAACAUCUCCGCAGGCGUUCGAUAUAUCAGCUCGUGAACAGUACGCUGACGACGGAUAUGAUGAUUUAUGAUAACGCAUGCGUGUGUACUCUGUGUGUGUGUGUGUGUGUGUGUGUGUGUGUGAACGCGUGUGUCCGUGUGUGUAUAUGCGAGUGGAUGUGCAUCCGCGCGAGUGCGUACGAAUACGAACAUUACGUAUUAUGAUGAUGAUGAUAAAGAUGAUAAUUAUUAUUAUUGUUAUUAUUAUUAUUAUUGUUAAUACUAUUAUUAUUACUAUUAUUAUAAUGACAAUGAAAACAAGUCAAAUGAAUAUCUUGUAAUAAAAUUACAACAAAACUAAUUUAAUAAAUAAUCUGCAAAUACAACGUUUGUUUUUGCUACACAAUGUACAUGCAGAUUAUAAAUAUGUACAGAGCGAGCAAAUAACAGUUGUCGUCUGAAGCAACUUGUUCAUUGAUGUUGCCAAAAACUGUUUUACACGAGGAUACGUUGCAUUCGACGGAGCUCGUUUGCGAUUCGAUCGCGUCUUACGAGCCUCGGUUCGUCCGAGCGUCGAGUGGAUCGAAGAUCGCUCUGCGACAGAAUUAUCAAGGACGCGGAAAAAUCUGUUCGUAUUUCGUGUAACACAGUUUAUCGGUCGGAUCGAUAAACAACGACAGUUAUACUUCGGACGACAAUUCUUAUCGGCUCGUUCGGUACAUGUUUAUGUAUGUUAGCAGUCUUGUAUCCGUUCGGGUAAAAGAGGAAAAAACGAUGAUACAGCGAAUGGUUAUACAAUCUGUCGUUAAACGGGCAUAAGUUUAAGUGUCUUCUAGUCGUAAUGUUCACCUUUUAUUCGCUAAUAAAUUAACGUCUGUUCAAAA